AUGUCUUUACAAGUUAAUCUAGCCAGUCCAGACAUAAAUAAAGCGUACCAAGAUGUACUCAGCUCCAACGGGAUCGACUGGGUCAUCUUGACCUAUGACAGGGGCUCGAAUGACCUCAAGGUGCAGGCAACCGGAGAUGGAGGGCUGGAGGAACUGGAAGAGGAAUUCUCUGACGGAAGAAUCCAGUAUGCUUUCACCCGAGUGACAGACCCGAACAGCCAAUUGCCGAAAUUUGUGCAGAUCAACUGGUGCGGUGAUGGUGUACCCGAGGCCAAGAAGGGUCUUUUCCACACCCACUCCCCUGCCGUCGCCCGCUUUCUCCGUGGCACGCACGUCGUGAUCAACGCUCGAAAUGAAUCCGACGUCACUCCAAAGCUCAUCAUGUCUCGUGUCGAAUCCGCAUCCGGCGCGAAAUACUCCUUCCAGAAAGAACAGCCGCGCAAGUUUGAACCAAUCGCACCCGUCGGGUCUAGCUAUUCUCCCAUCGGCAAAGUAGACAUUGCAGCCAUGCGGCGCGAUGCAGCGCCGAAACCCGCAAACGUGCCAUCGCCCGCGUCUGCACCUGCGCCGAAACCUGUGAUUGCAAGCGCACCGAGACCUACGCCAGCUGCAGCAGCUUCAUCCAAGCCUUUCACUGCAGGAGGCGUUGCGCGUGCGCCAGCGGGGGCUUGGGAUGACGAACCCACCUCUGCCGCGCCGCCCCCACCGUUGCCGGCUGCUGCGAGACCGCCUGUCAUCACGGCUGCAAGACCACAGGCGCAGCCUUCGCCAGUGGUACGCGCUACUCUGCCUCCACCGGCGGCCGCUCCUGCACCCGCCAAACCCACCGAAGAAGAUCGUAUUGGACCUGUCGGUACAGCGUACACCCCUGUGUCCCUCCCUGCACCCAAGAAAUUAAGGAAUCCAUUUGCCGCAAUGGAGCAGACGCAGCAACAGCAGCCUCCAUCGCGUGCGCUCGUUGCGACUGGUGAAAAGAAACUCACUUGGAGCGAGCGUCAGGCUCUCGCAAAGAAACGUGCAGAGGAGGAAGAGGAGCGCAGUCGCUCAGCGGCAUUCUCGGCCCCUCCAGCGUCAGUUUACAACCGUUCUACGGCUGCUGCCGUCCCGCCUCCUCCUGCACCUGCACCUGGCAGGUGGGGCAAUGUCACCGCUGCUGUCGGAGGUGUUGCUGUCGGCGCAGCAGUGGCCAGUCAAAUUCUCGACGAUGAACCAGAGGAGCCAGAGGAAGAGGAGACAGCUAUGGCGCACUUGAGCGUGCAAGAACCAGAACCAGAAUCAGAACCAGAACCAGAACCAGAAUCAGAACCAGAACCAGUCGCACCUUAUGCCGGCGGAGGUCAAGGCCUAACAGCAGUCGUCCUGUAUUCAUAUGAGGCCGAGGAGGAUAAUGAACUACCGCUCAUUGAAGGCGAAUUGAUUGAGCAGAUCGAGCAGGUUGACGAAGCGUGGUGGUCUGGUGUCGGCGCAGGCGGUUCUAAAUCUGGACUGUUCCCUGCCAACUAUGUCGAGCUAGUGGAACAGGCAGAACCGGAGCUGGAACCCGAAGCAGAGGCUCCGCCACCUCCGCCACCUCCACCUCCACCACCCCCUGCCCCUCCGGCUCCAGCAGCGGUUCCCGAACCAGAACCGGAACCAGCUGUAGACGAAGGUGUCAUUGCAAUCGCAUUAUACGAUUACGACGCGGACGAGACGAACGAGCUCACGCUGCGUACGGGUGACCGGAUUGUGCAGAUCGAGGCUGCGUCGGAUGAUUGGUGGCAGGGCCAGGACGCGCAAGGGAAUGUUGGUUUGUUCCCCGCUAACUAUGUGGAAGUCCAGGAGUAAACGUUGGAAAGUUAUGUGAAAAUCGGACUGGAUGGAUUGGAAAGUAUUACAUGGAACUGAAAUAUUGUCGGCAAUUGCAGAAUGGAAACUAUGUGACCGGCCGCAGGAAUUUUUUUCAAGAAUAUAUCGUGUCAGUCCC